AUGGCGUCCUUGCAAGAUGCAGGAACUGCGGCAGUGACCACCGUAGCUCCGGCAGCGACUCCUUCAGCUCUGGUCGACUUCAUCGCAGGUACCGCAGGCGGUAUCGCUUCCUUGUUAGCCGGUCACCCCUUUGACACUGUAAAGACACGCCUACAGGCUCAGCCAUGCGCUGCAAGUCAGUCCACCUCUCACAUUCAUUCCACGCCAACGACCGACGGCUCAUCCUCAAGAUUGAAGUCCUCACCAACGCAGCUCAAUUACGCUUCUACGGCACAAUCUGCAGCACUGUCACUCCCACACACCUCCAACCCCGCACAGGGCAGCAUCCGCCUCACACUCCCCAUCUAUCGCUCGGCAACCGAUGCAUUCCGCAUCAUCAUUCGAGAAGAGCGCCUCUCUGGCCUCUACAAAGGCGUCACCUCCCCCAUGCUCGGCGUCGCCAUCAUGAACGCAUCCAUCUUUGGCCUCUACAACAUCUCGCUCCGAUACCAGCAGAACAACCACAUCCUUUCCGAUUACCCUACACUCCAAGUGCUUGUCGCAGGGAUGCUCAGCGGGCUAGGCUCCUCGCUCAUCACCUCACCGAUCGAUUUGAUCAAGAUUCGAGAGCAGAUGGACACCUCUCGCAAACGCAGCACCUGGAACGUCUUCAAACACGUCUUGCGAACCGAAGGUAUGCGCCAUGGAAUCUACCGCGGCUGGUGUACCACCGCUAUCCGAGAUCUUGGAUACGGCCCUUACUUUGCCAGCUACGAGCUGCUCAAUUCUCAGAUCACGUCGUGGACGGGUAAGCCGCUGAGCAACCUGGAUAUGGCCGUCAGCGGUGCUGUAGCCGGUGUGGUGGCGUGGGUGAGCACCUUCUGGGCCGAUGUCGUCAAGACCAAGAUCCAAGCCACCAGUGCGGUGCAUGAUGCGACGAGAAGAAGCCAGAGAAGCUUGUUCUGGUCCACGGCGAGGCAGACAUAUGCAGAGGGUGGGUGGAGAGCGUUCUUCGUAGGAGUAGGACCGACAGUGUUGAGAGCGUUGCCCGUGAACGCAGUUCUGUUCGUCACCUACGAGGCCACAAAGGAUCUGCUCAUCUCGAGAGGCUAUUAG